CCUGCUCCCGCCGAGCAGCGGCCGGGGUCGCGCCGGGAGCGCAGCGCGGAGCGGGGCUGCAGGAGCGCUGCUGCCGCCCGGGUCCCUCCCGUGUCCCUCCCGUGUCCCUCCGGUCCCCGCCGGUCCCCGUGUGUCCGCAGCCGGGCCGGAGCAUGGCUUGGGGCGAGCUCGGGCUGCUCCGCUGGCUGCGGGAGAGCCGCCAGUCCCGCAAACUCAUCCUGCUCAUCGUCUUCAUCGCGCUGCUGCUGGACAACAUGCUGCUCACCGUGGUCGUGCCAAUAAUUCCCAGUUACCUUUACAGCAUCGAACACCAGAAAAAUGCCACAGAAAUCCAGACUGCCAAACCCAACCUCCCCUCAGCCACCAUGGACAAUUUUCAGAGCAUCUUCUCCUACUACGACAAUUCCACCAUGGUCACUGGAAAUGAAUCUGCCAAGACACAGCCUGCAGAGCUGCCUCAGAGCCAGACAGAGCCAAUGGUUGUCAGAGUGACUCCCUCUCCCUCUGACUGCCCCAAGGAUGACAAGGAGCUGCUGAAUGAGAACGUCAGGGUCGGCCUCUUGUUUGCUUCCAAGGCAACAGUGCAGCUGAUGACCAACCCCUUCAUAGGGCCCCUGACAAACAGAAUAGGCUACCAGAUCCCACUGUUUGCUGGCUUCUGCAUCAUGUUUGUUUCAACAAUCAUGUUUGCCUUCUCUGGAAGCUAUGCACUACUAUUUAUUGCCAGGUCCCUUCAAGGAGUGGGCUCCUCAUGUUCUUCUGUGGCAGGGAUGGGAUUGCUUGCCACUGUUUACACGGAUGAUGAAGAGAGAGGCAACGCCAUGGGAAUUGCUCUUGGAGGCCUGGCUAUGGGAGUAUUAGUGGGCCCCCCUUUUGGGAGUGUCAUGUAUGAGUUUGUGGGGAAGAGCUCUCCUUUCCUGGUGCUGGCAGCCCUGGCUCUGUUUGAUGGAGCUGUUCAGUUACUUGUCCUGCAGCCCUCCAGAACACAGGCAGAAAGUCAGAAGGGGACUCCUUUACUGACACUUCUGAAGGACCCAUACAUCAUCAUUGCAGCAGGCUCAAUCUGCUUUGCAAACAUGGCUAUUGCUAUGCUUGAACCAGCUUUACCCAUCUGGAUGAUGGAGACCAUGUGCUCAAAAAAAUGGCAGCUUGGCGUCGCUUUUCUUCCAGCCAGCAUCUCUUAUCUCAUUGGGACGAAUCUUUUUGGGAUACUUGCACACAAAAUUGGAAGGUGGCUUUGUGCUUUGCUCGGGAUGCUAAUCGUGGGAAUAAGUAUUUUAUGUGUACCUUUUGCUAAAAACAUUUAUGGGCUCAUAGCACCAACUUUUGGAGUUGGAUUUGCCAUAGGGAUGGUGGACUCCUCCAUGAUGCCAAUCAUGGGCUACCUGGUGGACCUGCGCCACGUCUCAGUCUAUGGCAGUGUGUAUGCCAUAGCUGACGUUGCCUUUUGCAUGGGCUUUGCCAUAGGUCCCUCUGCUGGUGGUGCCAUUGCCAAGGCCAUUGGAUUUCCAUGGCUUAUGACAAUUAUAGGAAUUGUGGACAUCAUCUUUGCUCCCCUAUGCUUUUUCCUUCGAAGUCCACCUGCCAAAGAGGAGAAAAUGGCAAUACUCAUGGAUCACAACUGUCCUGUGAAAACAAAAAUGUACACCCAGAACAACAUCCAAUCCUACCCCAUAGGUGAAGAAGAGGAGGAAUAUGAAAGUGAUGAAUAACAGAAAAGCCAUAUAACAUAUUUAGGUGUACAAAAUGCUGUGGUUCAUGUGAAACAUCUCAUCCAGAAAUAGGUUUUAGCUGUACUGUACAUUUAAUAGUGAAAUGGUCAGAAAAACCAAAGGUAUAUUAUUUAUUGCCAGUGACUAUAAAGCAGACUGCAAACCGCCUUAUGGGGGGAAAGAGCUUUUAUAGACCAUUUGUAUAGUGUUACUCUUUGUGUAUUUAAUUUUAUUGAAUAUUACACUCUAUUUUUUAUUAAAUGUGUAGUAUAAAUCUGUAUAAAAUGUGAAUUUUAACGAUUUGGUUUUUAAGUCACCUCAUUGACAAUAUUUCAUAUUUUAUUUGAAGUCAUAGGUUACUGUCAAACUUGAGUCUUUCUUAUUUAAGUGGAAAUUUUAAAAAGCAACCCUCAAAGAAAACCCAUCCAAUUUGCAUCCUUUUAAGUGACACCCUUGUAAGUGCAUUGAGAGGAGCUGGAAUUCAGACUGUGGACAGCCCUAUCACUUUUUUCAUCAAAUUCAGGUCCUAAUAAUGUAUACAAAAAACUAAAUAAGAGGCACAACUUCUCUGCCACUUUAAAUACUGACUUCUCCCUGAACCCCCAGCGUUGAGGAAAAUGUUAAAGAGAUGAGUGUAUUGCUAUUAUUGAUCUCUAACAAAGUUUUAAUGAAGCAGUUGUGCAAUGUGAGUCCCCCCCAACACUCACCACCAGGUAAACAAGUGGGUGUGAACAUGCACUGUUCCUGUCCCUGCUAAGGGACAGGAAUGUAACAGCAUGAGGAUACUUUUUGUAUUUCUAUCUUUUGGAUCUUUUAACAUAUUUCAACUUUAUUUUAGUUUCUUUAUCUUCAGUGAGUGGUUAAGAACAGCUGCAGUAUUACUGUAUUUAGUCUUAGCAUGUACUGAAAGUGAGCUGCUAACUGGAGCAGUUCAAACAACUCUUUUACAUGCAUUUAUGUAUACAUCUAAAAAUUCAAUGCACAGUUAUUUUUUUAAAUGAGUUCAAAUACAUUCUUUGCUUAAAAAAAUGGAAGAAACAGACAGUUUUUUGCCAGUCUCUCACAACAUUUGGGGACACAGCCCAAUACAGCUGAACUAUUACACUAGGCAGUCCCUGCCUGCCCUUAGAAAAAACAAGACUUGGAAAGAAAGCAUUUUAAAAACAAUCCCAAUGUCCUUCUCAGCCAUGGUGUGUCAUUUCAUUUGUAAAAUGAAAAUCUUUAUGUGCCUUCUCUCAUGUAAUUGCAGAUGUUUUAUGUACUACAGCAUAGAUAAUAUGUUUACAUAUAGUUUUGUAAAGCGUAUAUACUAUGGUCAAAAAAUAUGAAAAAAUAUAGUGGAUGAAACUUCAAGUAUUGCUCUGUCAAAAAUUAUGCAUUCAGAACGCAUCAAAAUAAAGUCAUCUGACAGAAGUUCAUGAUCUAUUGUAAUAAAGUGAAAAAAGGAAUUAAGAAAGAACAACCCCCUCAUGCUUUGCCUUAUGCAGUGUGCUUUAGCAGUGGGGGAAAGCUGGCAGGAAAGGAUUUCUCAGAGCUCCUUCAGAAACCAAGGUUCUGUCAUAUGAUGAAUUCUUCACCAACACCAAGUAAGUAAUAAUUGUGCAGAUCAGUGGCUUUUUACAUUAGGCUCAGAUUUUAUUGUCGUUUGCACACUGAAACUUUGUUCUAAGAGAUGUUAUUCUACUUAACUUCACUGAAGUCUUUUUGUCAACAUCAAAUUGUUGAUCUGAUCAAAUUUGAGACUGAAAUACCAACACAAGAAUUCUGAAUUAUUACAGGACAUGUUCAUCCUUUUUCCAGCUGAUCAACCAGUGUAUUUCUUGAAUUCACUAAUACAUGAUUCAAACAUAGCAACUCACAUUUUUUUUUAAAAGCACAAAAUGCUUUCUUCGUGCCUUUGUUUUGAAUUUUUUGAGCACAUCAAAACUAAGGAGGAGUUUGCAUUAAUCUGAAACGUGAGUAUGAGAACCAAGGAGAGAGAAAUGGAUCACAUUCCUUUUCUACAGCUGGUGCCAGUUUCUGCUGGGCCUGAGGGAGCAGCAUCUUCCCAGGAUUUGCUGAGCAGAUCAAUGCAGUGCAGUGGCUCCCGUUCUCUUGCUUCUCUCCUGCUCCACCAGAAGAGGAAGAUUAAUUAAAAUCCACAAGACACUCAUGUUUGUAACCUUUCUGUGCCACCUUUCUCCCCACUCCCAAAUAAAAACUUAGCAGUUUAGGAUUUUUUGAGUAAUGAGUAACCAAACCUUUUUUGGCGACAGUCAGGAAGAAAUUUUACUCAGAAAAUACACAAAAAUCCCCCUAUUGCUCCCACUAUUUAUUCCUCCUCUGCAGCUUUUAACUUCUACAGAUGCUUUAUUUCAAAUUUCUCACCCCAAAUAAUUCAGUUAUCAGUAGUUUUAUAUAAUGCAAAAUGUCCUUCUCCCCUGAAGAUCCUUCCUUUAAGUGGUGGCUUUAGAUGAUAAGCUACUGCAAUAGAAGUGUUUUAAAAAACAUGGACACAAUGCAAGAAAGUUGAUAAUUUAGCAAAACUAUUUUAUUAAAGCUUAUUUUCAUGAUAAAAUAAUAGCCAUCAAAAUCAUAUUAGGCAGGUCUUCUGCAAAUGUGUGUAGCUGCCACCUAUUCAGAUAUCAUUAAGUCAAGAUAUUCUUGUUUUCUGUGGUAUUCUUUAUUUUCAGCUAUUUACAGUCAAGCAUGAAGCAAAGAUUACAUCAGGAAUGUAAUAUUACAAUUUCCCCCUGGAGAUCCACUGCUUAUUGUAAAUAACGCCAGAGAGGAAGUCAUGUUUUCCUUCUUAUCCCUAAAAUACAACUAUUUUGCCCUUUUUCCAUUCAGUAUAUUUAAAAAUAUUGCACUACAUUUAAUUUACCUCUUACAAUCAUCAUCAUUAGCAACACUUACGUGAGGAAAACGAUACCCAGCUUUUCUUACCCACUGUGUUACAGGAGUCAAUUUAAAACCAUGAAUGUGUAUUUUGAAAUCAGUAUUUGCAUUGUUUUCACAGCUCCUUCAUGUGCACCAGGGCUUAAAUGAAGCACUUGGAUAUAUUUGAAAACCUCUGUAGUAGUCUGUAAGAGCAAACACUGAUGGCAUUGAAUGCAGAUCACCACCAAUGGUAAGCUGCUGAGAAAAUGGACUGGGGAAGUCUUAAUAUGCAUCUCAAGCAAGUACAGGUUAAAUAACUUUGAGACAAGAAGGGAAGCUCAUUUUGUGCGAUUAUUUGCUGCAGCUUAAUUUCAGAAGUGUGUCACAUGCCUGUUUUAGCAUGGAUAGUUUCCCAUACAUCAACUAAGUAGUAUCAACUGCCCAGAACUCACUAAAAAGUGCAAGUAGUUGCAUGACUGGCAGUAACCAUUUUGCUUAGAAGCACAAGCACACUGUCCCAUGAUAAAACCACUGCUUCUUAAUUUUGCCCAUCACAAACUAAACCAAGAAGCAAAUUUAAAAGAGAGGAACAUUA